AUGGCACUGUUUUCCGCCUGCGGCGGCUCGGCGCUUCCUUUCUUCCUAGGGCUGGGCUGUGCCACGUGUUCCUGCUCCUUCUGCACGGGCCUCGUGCUCGUCACGUGCGGCGACAGCCUCUCCUCGCCGCUCAGCGCCGCCCCCGCCGGAGCACCGCGUGAUAGAAAAUCGUACGCGACGCGCAAUUCCCUUAACGGAUCUUAUAUCGGAAGCAGCGCCGCAUUCGACGGGGGCUCGUCGUUUGGAGGGAGCGAUCUUGUUUUCUCAGCAGAACAGCCGUGGACAGCGGAUCAAUACGCGGCGUAUCUCACGCGCGCUGCCCCGUCAACAAGUCGAAUGUCGCGGUUAGCAAGCGAUCAACAUCAUUCCCAUUCAUUACGCUACGACGAGGCCAACACACUGACUAGACACACGAGACAGGUUACCCCCUUGUCAAUCUUGCACACUUGUUGA